CCACAAUUUACCCCGGAUUCUUCCCUCUCCCAACCAAUCACCAAUCAACCGCCCGUCGGACAGGUGGGGCUUUGUUUGCAUCAUUAGCGGGUUCGUUUUGCAGGUGCCCAGGUGGUUCUUCAGCGAAUUGGAUCGAAUUUCCACGGUGGCCUUUUUGCUCGAUUCAGUACGGGUUUAAGAAGACAGCAAUUCAUUUACUUACGCCUUAGGUACUAUUCGUUCAUACAUAAAUUAUUAAAAAGUGCUUUACCUCUGUCAUGUCCAUCAUCUCUUCUCGAUCGUAAACCUUAUAUGAACAUACAUACAUUCCGACGAAGGGAGCCAUUUUACGGUUUGACGUAACUCUUUUCUCUUCUUUCCCCUCGCCCAUCCCAAUUCCUGCUCUGUGAUUUUUUUCUUUUAAAAAAAAGGUGCUCACUCAAGUAUUAUUAUACUUAUUUCCUAUUCGAUAUCAAGAUCUCUUUUGACUAGAAGCAAGGCCAUGCAUGCCUUCAAUGUCAACCCCACCGCGGCAGCAGUCGCUGCGGUGGCCUUGCUCUCCGCCCUGCCGACUGCCCACGCCGGCUUAUACCUGAAGAGCUCACCUGUAGUUCAGGUCGACGCCAAGAACUACGACAGGAUAAUCAACAAAUCAAACCACACUUCCAUCGUCGAGUUCUACGCGCCAUGGUGCGGCCACUGCCAGAACCUCAAGCCGGCCUACGAGAAGGCGGCCCGGAACCUCGAGGGUCUGGCCAGGGUCGCCGCCGUGAACUGCGACGAGGACGAGAACAAGCAGCUGUGCGGCGUGAUGGGCGUCAAGGGCUUCCCGACCCUCAAGACGGUGCGUCCCGGCAAGAAGAAGGGGAAGCCCAUCGUGGAGGACUACAACGGUCCCCGCACGGCCAAGGGCAUCGUCGACGCCGUCGUCGACAAGAUCAACAACCACGUCAAGCGCGUCACGGACAAGGACCUCGAUGACUUCCUGUCUACCAAGAAUGACACGGCUAAAGCCAUACUGUUCACGGAGAAGGGUACUACUAGCGCUUUGCUAAAGAGUAUCGCGAUCGACUUCCUCGACGUUAUCAUUGUUGCGCAGAUUCGGGACAAGGAGACUAAGGCUAACGAAUUAUUCGGCAUCAAGUACUAUCCUACUUUCGUGUUACUACCCGGAGGCGACAAGGAGAGCAUAGUAUACGACGGAGAAUUGAAGAAGGAUGAUAUGGUCAAGUUCUUGUCGCAAGCCGGUCAACCAAACCCGGACCUAUCAACCGUCAAACCAAAUGGGGAGAAGAAAUCCGAGAAGAAGGACAAGAAGGACAAGAAGGACAAGAAGGCAGCCCCUAAAUCUGCCGAGUCCGGCUCCGAAACUACCUCAGCUAAAUCGGAAGAAUCUACCGAUGCUUCUUCUCCCGCUCAAAAGAUCGUCGAGUUUGCACCCCCUAUCCCAGCCAUCACCGAUGCGGGCAGGUUAACUGAAGAAUGCUUGAACCCCAAGGCUCAUACCUGCGUCCUUGCCUUUGUACCUUCCGCCCACGGAGAGCCCGCAGAAAAGGCUUUGCUUGGUUUGGCCGAGCUUGCAUUCAAAUACGCACGCGCUCAACGCUACUUAUUCCCCAUCUUCGAGGUGCACCAUGACAACAAGGCCUCCGAAUCGGUUUUCAAGAGCCUAGGACUCUUGGGCGAGAUUGAGAUCGCCGCGAUCAACGGCAAGAGAGGAUGGUGGCGUCACUACGAGGGAGAUUUUACCCCCGAGAGUGUCGAGGCCUGGAUUGAUUCCAUUCGUUUAGACGAGGGCACCAAGAACAAGCUACCGGAGGGUUUGAUUGGCGAGGUCGCUGAAAAGCCGGCCGAAUCAGAUACGCCUACUAAGGGUGCUGAGCCGACCCCUGAGGCUACACCCGCGGCAGAAUCGAAGGUACCCAAGCAUGAGGAGCUAUAAACAGGAACGUGUUAGCUAGUAUAGUACUAAGUUAGUUUCGACUGGGUGUAUAGUAAUGAGACCAAAAGAAAACAAAAUUUGCAUAUUAUAU